CUAGAGAGAUGUCAUUGAAAAGUUUAGAUUUUCGAAACAGCACAACAUUCAUAAAAUGAAUGAAGUCUUUCAUUUAUCUUCUGAUGGAUGAAAUGACAAACCAAUAAUUAACCUUACCAGAAGUAGAACUGAAAAAUAUUUUUGCAGAACAUAAUAUGGUAUGGUAACAUUAACAUUAACAACAUAAAUUUAGCUUUAACAAUGCUUUUGUUCAUAUUUUUGGUUUCAAGAAUUUCAAGAAACUUCAGGGAGCCACCUUAAGCUUUGUGUGUUGAUAACAAUAAACAAUAUUAUAUUUUUUGAUAUUUUAAGUUAUGGUAGACAUUUCAGAACAUAAUGUUAUGUUGUAAGUUUUUGUUCAAUAUUUGUGUUUGAAUUAUAAAAUUACAAGUAUUCUAACUAGAAAGCAAUGAGCUCCACCAAAGUGACCAAACGCGGAAAGCCUGAUGUUUGAUUGGCUACGCAAAGCUAACGAGAGCCAAUCAAACUUCGUGUUAGCCUCAUGUAUGCCUACCUGAUGCGUUUUCUGUAUUUCUUUGAUUGCUGUCUCAAAUACAACACCAGACGCAUUGACACGAGAAAUAAAUUAAAAACCGUACCUUGUCCAGGUUUACAACAAAUAUGUUCCAUCGAGUUGAUAGUCCAGUGUAAAAUUUAGGUCAGACUGUUGGAAAAAGACCAGCGGAUACCGUAAUCACUUUCAUUAUACUCUAGCGCGGGAAGGUGAUGACGGAUGAUUUCAGCAAGGAACUUGCAUUUCAAUCAAACUAAAAACAGUCAAAACGUAUUCUCUUGUCUCGAUUAUUUUCCUUUUAGGGAUAUAACAAAAUCAUUCAAAAUCGAGUAUUGAGUAUUCAGAAGUUAGGAUUUUUAAAAAGUCGCUUGGAUUGUUCAUGGUGAGAUUGAGACAAUGAGCAGCUUGAAAACUGCAAGAAGAGAAAGAACACACAAACUUCAUGAAUGUGAUGUUUCUAAGAAGAGAUUUUCACGUGGUAGUCAUUUGGUUACACAUCAAAGAACACACACUGGAGAGAAACCUUAUGGAUGUGAUGUUUGUAAGAAGAGAUUUUCAUGCGGUAGUCAUUUGGUUAGACAUCAAACAAAACACAUUGGAGAGAAACCUUAUGAAUGUGAUGUUUGUAAGAAGAGAUUUUUACAAGUUGGUAAUUUGGUUAGACAUCUAAGAACACACACUGGAGAGAAACCUUAUGAAUGUGAUGUUUGUAAGAAGAGAUUUUCACGUGGUAAUAAUUUGGUUCGACAUCAAAGAACACACACUGGAGACCAACCUUAUGAAUGUGAUGUUUGUAAGAAGAGAUUUUCACAGCAUAGUGAUUUGCUUACACAUAAAAGAAAACACAUUUGAGAGAAACCUUAUCAAUGUGAUGUUUGUAAGAAGGAAUUUUCUUAUGGUAGUAGUCUGCUCACAAAGAAAAAAAACACACUGGAGAGGAGAAAAAACCUUGGAACAGGGUGUCUUUUGAAAUAAACUUUUUAGGCAAUUUCAAAAAACAUAAAGAAUGCACACUAUCUAGAGAGAUGUCAUAUGAGAAGUUUACAUUUUCCAAACAGCACGACAUACAUUCAUAAAAUGAAUGAAGUCUUUCAUUUAUCUUCUGAUGGAUGAAAUGACAAACCAAUAAUUAACCUUACCAGAAGUAGAACUGAAAAAUAUUUUUGCAGAACAUAACAUGGUAUGGUAACAUUAACAUUAACAAGAUAAAUUUAGCUUUAACAAUGCUUUUGUUCAUAUUUUUUGUUUCAAGAAUUUCAAGAAACUUCA